ACCGCCAUAUUGGGUGGGAGUUUCAAGAAGUCGAAAUUACGUGUCAGUAGCAUCCGAACGCGUGUUUCUUUUGUUUCCCCAUACUACAUACGACGGCGACCACAAAAUCGUCGAUAUCUCAUACAUACGGUGAGUAUAUCGCAGCCACUAUCUAAAUGAACUGUACUUUGGAAGAUGAAACGCACUGGGCUCUGACAGUUUGUUGAUGUCACUGCAUUACGCUCCUACGAGAGCGGCGGCCUAGAAAACCGUUAACUGACUCGUUCUCUUAAACCCCUCGCUGCAUUGCUUAGCACAGCUAACAUCGCAAUUAUUAUCCUACUUAUUGCAGUGCGAACGUCUCCAGAUACCGUGCCCUUGUAGGCUGUCCUGCCUGAGCGUGGGAAGUCAAAUCCACUGCAAAAUUUUGUGAUUGUGGCGAUACAGAUACAGACACUUCACGGCUCCAUAAUCAGUACCUGGAGUAGCUCCGAUAUGGCUGAUAUCCAACAUGUUUGCUCGGCUUUGGACGAGAUGACUACCAGUAUGGCGUCGGUCAGGGAGCUUAUGCAGUCCCUCAGAGACAAACAAGCUUCUUCAGAUGCAGUGAAUACGGCAAAUGGCAUAUCUUUGCUAUCUUGGAAGCAUCAUCUGAUGUUGUCAUAUAUACAAUCCCUCGUUCUUUUGUGUGCUCGUCGAGCCGUAGGGGAUUCCAUGGAAGACAGGACACCACCGUCCAACCCUUUUAGUACCACUGACCGCAGUUCGCGCGGAUCUGGCAUUGGCGAUCUGGUGGACUCCAUGAUCGAAGGGCGUGUGGUCUUGGAAAAGAUUAAAGUUAUGGAGAGCAGGAUGAGGUAUCAAAUUGAAAAACUUGUCCGCCUCGCGGAAGAAUCUUCGAAAGCCGUUACCGAAGAUCCUUUGGCGUUUCGGCCGAAUCCCCAGAAUUUUGUGAACAACGAACAAUCAGAUGGAGAAUCAGGAGAAGACGCCGACGAAAAAUCACGAGAGGAUGGUAUAUACCGUCCUCCCAAAUUGGUGCCAAUGCCUUACGUCGAAACCUCCUCGGACAAGCGUUCUAAACGACAACCGAUCCCAAAAACGUUAUCAUCUCUUAUACACCAGGACCCCUCGCGCCCUCAUAUGGAGUCCACAUCUGGCUUGGGUUUCACACCAGCUCUAGCCUCGGACCGGGCACGCGAAAUUCAACGAAUGACAGAAUUUGAAGAGGAUAACUUCACCCGUUUAAUGAUGAAGAAAAAAGAUGCACGUCGGCGAAAGCGCGACGAGGAAGACCUGGCGCUGGGUGGAUCCGGCACGAGCAGGGGGAGGCGUCGUGGUCGCGGCCUCGAGGAUGAAUUUGGGGAUAUCCUGCACUCUGUUAGUCGAACCAAAACCGGAUCCGUAGGCGACGGAUACGAGGAACUAAGACAGAGAGGGAAGAAAUCCGACGCACUCGCCCGCUCAAGAAUGAGGACGCGGGAUGAUGUCGAGAGCGAUGGCGAGCACGUUCCGCAAGCAAAGAGGACGAGGUUUGAGAGGGAGAGACGAACUCUCAACAAGAAGAUACGAGCUAAAUCUAAACAAAGGUCGUGAUUGGCUACGUAGUAGUAUUAUCGCAUCGCGUCGUGCCACUGCCAG